CACGUGCUGUGUGCAGAUGGCUGCGGCGGCGUCGCUCGCCGGGAGGCCUCGGCCCUGAGGGGGAAUCGGCGUCCCAGGCGCAGCCCGGCCGGGCCCGCCCCGCUAUGGAGGUGUACAUCCCCUCCUUCCGCUACGAGGAGAGCGAGCUGGAGCGGGGCUACACGGUCUUUAAAAUAGAGGUGCUUAUGAGUGGAAGGAAACAUUUUGUGGAGAAGAGGUAUAGCGAAUUCCAUGCACUUCAUAAAAAGCUCAAAAAGUUCAUAAGAACUCCAGAGAUCCCUUCAAAGCACGUGAGAAACUGGGUUCCUAAGGUCCUGGAGCAACGACGGCAAGGCCUGGAGUUGUACUUGCAGACAAUCAUUUUAGAAAAUGAAGAGCUCCCUAAAAUAUUUCUCGAUUUCCUGAACGUUCGCCAUGUACCUACUUUGCCAAAAGCAGAAAGCUGUGGCUCUUUUGAUGAAACAGAAUCUGAAGAAUCAAGCAAACUGUCCCACCAGCCUGUGCUGCUGUUCCUAAGGGAUCCAUAUGUCUUGCCUAAAGCCAACGAUGACUUUCCAAAUGUAGUUAUAGAAGGCAUUCUACAUGGAAUAUUCUAUCCUCAUUUACUGCUUAGGUAGAAGCAGUGCACGGCUAGAAGAAACGGAAGCAAGUAAUUUUUAGUGGUAUUAACAGGAACAAAAUUCUGUGAUGUGAAAAUUCUACUCAGAAGCAAGAGGUACAAGCUUCGGUUUAGGUUCAAGCAUUAUACCUUUUUAAAUAAAACCAAUGUCACUACAAUUGCUUUAAAAAAAAAAUAUGGAAACGACAGUACUGAAGUUAUUUAUACCUUUUA